GGGAAGUUCGAUGGCAGCCAGUAACUAGAAACGGGGUUUUGUUUGUUUGUUGUUGUUGUUGUUGUGGAGAGUCGGACUUUUAUUGGCUGCCCGUUAAUUUAUGGACGUUUAGCAACUCUUGAUACGACCGCGAGUCGCGCGGCUGCCUCUGGGUGGGCGGGGCUUCCUCUCGGUCACAUGACAAAACCGGAACUGGCCGGUUCUUAGUUUCUCAUUGAGAGGCGAGGUUGCCCGAGUCUUACGUAGUAUCGUAACGCCGUCCCCGACCCUGCUAUUAGCGGUUGCUGUGUACUCGCUGUACUGGUUUAACACGGCUCCGGCUGAAUAUUUUGUUCUUUUAGACAUUUCGGAUAGUGUAGUUUUCGACCUGCGUCAGAGAGAGAGGGCUUCGUGUAACAAACAAGAAGGCGUGAGUCCGCUGUGCUUGGCUGUCGGAUAGCUUCGUCUCGGUUUUUACGACUCGACACAUGCUGGGCAUCCCAGCAGCUCACCAAGGCUGCUGUCCUUCUGCGCAUCAGUUCCCCAAAAAGGCAUUUUGAAGAGGCCCCGGGGGGGUGCUUGGUAAAAGUUUCUGAGUGGACGGCAACAGAGAGAGAGGGGCUAGAAGAAACAAGCAGGGGGGAAAAGACAAGCUUUCGAUUGUGCGUUGAAAGGAACAACAUUAUUUUACUUGCCUCACCCUUCUGAAGAACAAUGGAGCUCUCACUGGCUCACCCUGCCCUUAAAGCCUUUAUGUGUGGCUCUCUGAGUGGGACCUGUUCCACGCUGCUUUUCCAGCCUCUGGACCUGGUCAAGACCCGCCUACAGACACUGCAAAGUACCGCACAACCUGGUUCAGGAAGAGUGGGGAUGGUGACAGUGUUCCUGAAUGUGAUACGGACAGAGAGACUGCUGGGACUGUGGAAGGGGGUGUCACCGUCAUUUGUGCGGACCAUUCCCGGUGUUGGCAUCUACUUCAGCACUUACUACUCUCUGAAGCAGCAUUUCUUCCUGGAGAAGAACCCAGGGGCCAUGGAGGCAGUCCUCCUAGGUGCCACAGCCAGGACUGUGGCAGGGGUCCUCAUGCUGCCUGUCACAGUCAUCAAAACACGCUUUGAGAGUGGCAGGUAUAACUAUACGAGUGUGGCGGGGGCUCUGCGUAAUGUGUGUCAGACUGAGGGUCCCAGGGCUCUCUUCUCUGGCCUGAUGGCUACACUCCUCAGAGAUGCUCCCUUCUCUGGUAUCUACGUCAUGUUCUACAGCCAGACAAAGGCCUCACUGCCAAAAGAAAUCAGCACAUCUGCUUAUGCCCCAUUGGCAAACUUUGGCUGUGGGGUGUUGGCUGGGAUUUUGGCCUCCUUGAUCACCCAACCUGCUGAUGUGGUCAAAACCCACGUCCAAGUGAGCCCACAACUGAAGACCAGUGAGGCUAUCAGAUACAUCUACACGAAACAUGGGUUUCAAGGAUUUUUCAGAGGCGCUGUUCCACGGUCGCUGAGAAGGACCAUGAUGGCUGCCAUGGCAUGGACGGUGUAUGAGCAGAUGAUGGCCCACAUUGGACUCAAGUCCUGAAGGGGAGACAUUGACGGAAAGCAUGGAAAAGAGAGAGAAAAGUCAAGUCACUGGUCAAAUAGAUUGACUGUCAAAGAAGAAGGGCACUGAAAAAUGGUCCGGUAGGGUGUAAGGUUUUUCUGCUGAAGUUAGACAGCCAAUGGAUUUCAACAGAUCUGUAUUUUGCUGUGGCUUGAGAUGCAGUUAAUUACGGAUAUAAAAACAGACCUGUUGCCCAAAUGACUGGCAGGCACGCUUCAAGAGUGACAGGGGUUACUUGCUCUAUGAUAUGUGUUCAUUUAAGUGUUAUUCAGGGUCCUGGAAAUUCACAGACUAAAUUUCCAGUCAUGGCAAAUACUUGGCAAAUGAGAAAAAUUGAUCAGAUGUCAUGGAAAUAUUACUGAGGACAUGAAAAUUUGUAAAAAUGGGUUAUAAAAUUCUAUUUAUGCUGAGAUAGCAUAUUUUUGGCGUAUUUUUCUUCUUUCUUUUUUUUUUUGCUGAGAUCACAUUUUUAGCCGCUGAGAUUGCACGUUAGUGCUUUUAAGUUUUUUGUGGUUCUUUGACCUGCUGAAAGUUGCACUGUCCAGUUGAGCCCAUUCUCAUCCCACAACGUCAUAUAUUGAUGAUGUUGACAAAGCAUCGAUAUGUGACACCAGGCACGUGAGGUACCUAUGGCAUCUGUAUGUGAUGCGGUGGAUUAACUACUUAACUAUGACCCACCUGUAUGUAAUUUUUUUGAUAUAUCUGAAAGUUUAACAUUGGAGCCUAUAGAAUACCCACCACAUCGAAGGGUACCUUGCAAGUCAUGUAUCGAUGAUUUGUCCACAGUGUCAAUGGUAUGACACCAUAGGAUGAGAAUGCGUUGACCAUUUUGAGACUGUUUAGGCUUUCACUUAUGGUUAAUACUGAAUAAUAUGACCUUCUGUGAGCAAUGGUUGUCAUGUAUUAUCCAUGGAAAAGGUCCUUGAAAAGUACUGAAAAAUGAUCUAAAAAAAAAGUGGGAACCCUGUUAUUGCUGAAGUACAGUAACCAAUAGUUUUGCAUUGCACAAUAUUUAAGUUGACUGUUUUCUGUAUAAAGACACCUGAGAAAGAAGGAAUAAGUGGUAUUAAUAAGAGAAAAGUAUUGUGUAUUUAUUCUGCUGCUUUAAAUAUGACUAUCCUCUGCAUCCUGGUUUGCACUACAUUGCAUGAAGUAAUGCAUAAUUUUCCGAUCCCUAUUGACUCCCUGGACUCCUGUUCAUAAUGAUUAACAGAAAUAUUCCAUGUUUUGAAAUAUCCCGCUGGGAAUUCCUGUGUAAGUGAGUUUUCCCACAGUCUUCAGUAAUGAUUACUGACCUCGGAGAGACUAAAGUGGCUCAAUCAUUUAUCACCAGGAGUAUCUGCAAGAUAAUCUUGAAAAGUUAUGCAACGAACUUCAACCUCUGCAUCACUGGCAUUAUUUUCAGCGUGGUUGAAGGUUUCAGAGGUCUGUUGAGGUGUUGUUUUGGUGUAUGCCUUUUCUCUCAUGAUGUUAAGUGUUGGCCACUGUUAUUUCUAUUCCACUUACAUUGCUGUAAUGUAGAGUAAUAAGCUGUGCUUACUGUUGUUUUCCUAUGUACAGUUACUUUGCCUUAAAAUGGAAAUCUGAUUUUGAGUUUUGAUAUUUUUUGUAGUUUAUAUUAUAAAAGUAAGCAUUCUGUUCAUUAAAAUAUUCUACCUUUUUUAAGCAAAUAAAUGUACAGUAUAUUGGAAAUGAACACCAAAA